CCGGAAGUGUUAAAGUGGUCGCCCUUGUCGUUGCCAACAGCAACUGACAAUAAAUGAAACCAGUUGUUGAUUUCUCAGUUUUAUUCAAUAAUUUAUAUAAAUCGACCGCUUUUUGAGGCCAUAAAAAUGACAACGAAAGAGGAAGGUGGAAAAGAAAAGGCUUCAAUUGAGGACACCGCUUUUGAAGCCUUGGAAAAAGAUUUUCAAGAUGUCUUGAGUGAACUUAUGGGAGAUAGGAGCUUGGAAAAGUUUCGCAAUGAGUAUGAAAAACUUCACAAGGCCUUGAAGAAAUCUCAUGAGAGUGAGAAGAGAUUGAUGCAGAAAUGUCGAGAGCUCAACGCAGAAAUUGUGGCCAACUCUGCCAAAGUGUCUACAGCCCUGAAACUGUCUCAGGAAGACCAGGCUACUAUUGCAUCUCUGAAAAAGGAAAUCGAGAAAGCCUGGAAGAUGGUGGAUGCUGCCCAUGAGAAGGAGACUCGGGCAAGGGAGACAAUCCAGUCUCUGAAGCUGGAGAUCGUAAACUUGAGCAAGCUGGUGGAGCAGGGAUCCGGCCUCUCUGUAGGACAGGAACACAGUGUGAAUGAGCUUCUGAAGAUCAAGGAAGACCUGACGAAGGAACGUGAUGAGAGCCUUCAAGAGAUUGUGAAACUACGAGAGAAGCUGGCCCAGUCUAACAGUACGUCGCAACACCUAGAGCAGCAGAAGAAUGAGGCAGAGGAAAAGAUCCAGGAGUUGACUCAAGACAUCCAAGUGCGUAACAAUGAGGCUCAGCGUGAGUCGAGGAAACGAGACAAAAUGGAGCGCGAGAUGAAGCAGACAAAGGCCGACCUUGACCAGAAGCAGGGGGAGAUUAAGACUCUGCAGACUCAGAUUGGACGACACAAGGAGGAUAUUGGCAAGCUGGAGCAGCAACUCAAGGAACAAAGGAUUCUCAACGAGCGUGCUAUCAAGGAUGCAGACGUGUUGAACACGAGGUUCCAAAAGCUGCAGAAUGACUUUGAGAACCAGCUCAUCUCCACGGAUACCCUGGCCCAGGACAACCAGGCCAGAGUGGCGGAGCUCAAGAUCAAAGAGGACGAGGUGAGUCAACUGAAGAACGAGACACAACGUCUGAACAAGACAAGGGAGACUAUCCAGCGCAAGCUGCGCUCCGUUGAGGACAACAAGGCUGAUCUGGAGUUCCAACGUGAGACUCUCAAGGGGCAGAUCCUUGGUCUGGAGAGAGAGCUUGAGGCCUCUAAGAAGCAGUCAGAGUCGGACAAGAAGCAGAUAGACGGAUUGGUGCGCGAGCGUGACCUGCUUCACAAGGAGAUGAUGAAGGCGGUGAGCGCGACCACAAAGCAGCUGAGCCUGGUGAAACUGCACGAGCAGAGCAAGAAGAGUCUGGACCAGGAGAUACAGGACUACCGGGAGGAGGCUCAGAAACAGAGGAAGAUCAUCUACCAGCUGGAGAAGGAGCGCGAUCGAUACAUCAACGAGGCCAGCGACCUCACGCAGAAGGUCCUUCAACACAUGGAAGACGUGAAAGUGCGCGAGAUGCAGAUCUUUGACUUCAAGAAGAAGAUUGCCGAGUCUGAGACAAAGUUGAAGCAGCAGCAAAACCUGUAUGAGGCUGUUCGCAGUGACAGAAACCUGUACAGCAAGAACCUGAUUGAGUCACAGGAUGAGAUCACGGAGAUGAAGAGGAAGCUGAAGAUCAUGAGUCACCAGAUUGACCAGCUGAAAGAGGAGAUCCAGGCAAAGGAGUCGCUGCUCGUAAAGGAACAUCUCGACCACCAGCUGGUGGAGAAACAGAAGGAGACCCUGAACGCUGAGCUCAAUAGGAUGAAACAGCUAGCUGCGGAGAACAAGGCUUACAUCGAGGCACAGGAGGCGGAAGAAAGGAAACUUCUGAAGAUCAUCUCAGACGCAGACGCUGAACGAGUGCGCCAGAAGAAAGAGCUGGAUCAGGUGAUCAGCGAGCGUGACAUUCUGGGUACGCAACUCGUGAGGCGUAAUGACGAGCUUGCAUUGCUAUACGAGAAGAUUAAGAUCCAGCAGUCAACGCUGAACAAGGGCGAGAUCCAGUACAAUCAGAGACUCGAGGAUAUCCGAGUGCUCAAGCUCGAGAUCAAGAAACUUAGACGGGAGAAGGGAAUACUGCAGAAGAGUGUGGCCAAUGUGGAGGACCUCAGACGUGAAGUGUACCACAUUCAGCGUGAGUUGCUACGUGAGAGGACGCGCUGCAAGGCUCUAGAGGAAGAGUUGGAAAACCCGAUGAACAUUCACCGCUGGAGGAAACUUGAGGGCAGCGACCCGAGCCAGUACGAGAACAUCCAGAAGAUCCACACACUGCAGAAGCGGCUCAUCUCCAAGACGGAGGAGGUAGUGGAGAAGGAGCUUCUAAUACAGGAGAAAGAAAAGCUGUACCUGGAGUUAAAGCACAUCCUGGCCCGGCAACCUGGCCCUGAGGUGGCCGAGCAACUCUCCAUCUACCAGCAGACGUUGAAGGAGAAGACUAAGCAGAUGAAGUCGAUGGCCUCUGAAUUGAAUAUGUACGAGUCCCAAGUGAAUGAAUACAAGUAUGAGAUCGAGAGAAUUGCUAGAGAGCUGCAGGAUGUCAAGAAAAAAUACUUUAUGCAGAAGAAGAAAGAGAACAACCAAAAAGAGAGGGAGCGGUCCCUUGCACAGGCUGGUGCUCCAUUGAUUCAACCACAGCGCACGGACGGACCACGGUUUACAGGCGGGGGUUUCAAUCUCACGUCCACCAAGACUGCAGCCUAGCCCGCUGGGAGCAGGUUGGGCAGAGGAAUUUAUAAAAUAAUUGUAAAAUCACUUUUUUUUAAACCCAUUCUAACAUUUUUGGUUGAUAAAUAUGAACUUUGUUUAGUAUUUAAACAUGCUUGAAUUGAGAAAUACAAGAAUACAUUUGUUCUUCAAUUAUUUUUGUGUGUGAACAAUUAUAUUUUUUAUUUUCAAAGGAAGAAAAAUCAAAUGCAUGUGUUUCAUUUGAACUGAAUUUUAUUUGUUGUACAUUUGUGAUUUUGAAUGAUGCAUUUCUUUUUAAAAUUGACAUCUACAAGUCUGUGAUGUGUUGUACUAAAUUUUAUACAUGUUAUCAAAAUAAAAAUCAGAAAACAUA